CUUAAUUCCCGGUUGGAAAUUUCCAAUCGAGUUCUGAACCCCAAGUUGAAAGCUGCACUUCAGACCCGUUUUCCCUGCCGAUCUUCCUCUUUCAAAGUCAGGCGCCUUUUCCCUGACGAUUUCUACUACUCCGUAUAAUACUCGCUGUUCCAGAGCUUUCCGGUGUUUCUUUUUGACGGGCCUUUCCGCCGUUGUUUGACCGGCAAGUGAGAGGAAGAGGGGUUGUAGGGAACGAGAUAGGUUUUGUUUUUUUGCGGGGAGGGAACGAGAUAGGUUAAAUUAAACCGUCCUUAAACUAUUUAUAUAUUUAUUUAUUAUGCAUGUUGGGUAGGUGAGGCAGUCUCCCCCAACCCACCCCAACACCCAGACACCCAGCAACCCACUGUCCAUGAACUUUUUUGAUGCAUCUGAGUCAACUCCUGAAAUUGAACAAAUGAGUGAGCCUUGCUGCUGAAGAACCUCUCAGAUCAGCAAGUUUGCUCGACCGCAGGCGUCAAGAAUCACUCGUACUACCGAGGAACAGGCAAGGCACACCUCUCCUUAUUUUACGAAUUUGAUCUUGAUUUAUAGUUUGUAUAUGGAUUACCAAGGGAACAAAGUAAGGGAUUUCCUGCAUGCUAAUGGAAAUGUGGUGCUCGAAAGAGUGGAUAACAACUCUGAUCUAAGAUCUUUCACUCAAAAAGAGAUAGAAGACAUCACUGAUGGGUAUUGCACCGUCCUGGGAGAAGGGGGUUUUGGCAAGGUUUACAAAGGAAAACUAGAUUACCAUCGUCCAGUCGCAGUGAAGAGAUACAAAAAUGGAACCAAUAAAAAAGAGUUCGCCAAGGAAGUGAUAGUGCAUUCCCAGAUAAAUCACAAGAAUGUUGUCAGACUGUUAGGUUGCUGCACGGAGGAAAAUGCGCUUAUGAUUGUUAUGGAGUUUGUAUGCAAUGGAAACCUCGAGAGCAUCCUCCAUUGCAGCAAUGCUAAUGGUCCUGCUGCGUUCCCUUUGGACAAACGUUUGGACAUCGCUAUUGAGUCCGCUGAAGUAUUAUCAUGCAUGCAUUCAAUGUAUAGUCCUGUUCUUCAUGGUGACAUCAAACCUGCUAAUAUACUUCUGGACGAGAAUCUUCGGCCAAAGAUAUCGGAUUUUGGGAUAGCAAGAUUGCUUGCUGCUGAAGAGAAUCAAUAUACCAGAUCUGUCAUUGGCUGUAUAGGUUACGUUGACCCUUUGUUCUGUCAGAGUGGGAUCCUAACUCCAAAGAGUGAUGUAUACAGUUUUGGAGUUGUUUUACUGGAAAUCAUCACGCGAAAGAAAGCUGUGGAUGGGAAUAUUAUCCUAGCUCAGAGUUUCGCCGAAGCCCUGAGGAAAGGGAAAAAAGUGAGACAAAUGUUUGAUGUGGAAAUCGCAAAUGAUAGAAAGAACAUGAAAUUGCUUGACGAUAUCGCAAAACUAGCAGCUGAAUGCUUGAAACUGGAGGAAAAAAUGCGCCCAGAAAUGGUUGAAGUAGCUGACAGACUUAGAACAGUUAGAAAAGCUUUCCAUCAGCGCAAGGGCAGAAAUUCUACAGGUACCAACUCUGGACUUACGAGAAGUGUAAAGGCAGACAAUACUCUACCACUUGUGGUGUCGACCAUUUCCAUGGAUGAACUGAAAGAAAUAACCAAUAACUUUAGCAAUCGUGCUCUAAUAGGAGAGGGCUCAUCGAGUGAAGUGUUCUUCGGAGUGCUGAAAGAUGGACAUAUAUCCGCAAUCAAGAAGCUUCAUCCUACUAAAGAAAUUAUUUUGGAGGUUCCGGUGGUCUCAAGAUUCAAACAUACGAACGUUACUCAACUUCUCAGAUACUGUGAUGAAGGAGGCAACCGUGUUCUUGCUUACGAGUACACAUCCAGGGGGUCUUUGCACGAUAUUCUCCAUGGUAAAAAGAAUGUUAUUGGAGCCGAACCAGGACCGGUUCUAUCAUGGGCGCAACGAGCGAAGAUUGCCCUAAGUGCUGCAACUGGGCUUGAGUUCCUCCACGAGAAGGCACAGCCUUGCGUUGUCCACACUUGCAUCAAGUCCAGCAACAUACUACUCUUUGACAGCGACGUCGCAAAGAUUGGCGGCGUUGGUGUCUCCAGACAGCCCGAAGACAUAGAUGAUAUUCUACUGGAUCGUAUAUAUCCUUUUCCCAGUUCCGGCUAUGAUACGCCUGAGUAUACAAUGAUUAGGCAAUUUAGCACAAAGGGCGAUGUCUUCUGCUUCGGUGUCGUGCUGCUGGAACUUUUAACAGGUCGGAAGGCAUUUGAUCGUACAUUACCCCGUGGCCAGCAAAAACUCGUGACAUGGGCUACACCAAAACUUAGCGAAUCCAAAGUGCAUCUAUGCGUCGAUAAGAGGCUUGGAGGAGAUUACCCAUUCAAGGCUGUCGCUAAGAUGGCUGCAGUCGCGGCGCUCUGUGUCCAGUACGAGGCGGACUUCCGGCCGAACAUGAGCAGCGUGGUCGAGGCUCUGACACCGCUAGUGAGCACCUGAAGCAUCUGGAGUGUGAGAUGUCGUCUUAUCUAGUACAGUAUGAGUGAAAUAGCACGUGAUGUGGUUUUGUAGCUGGGAGACGAAAUCUUCAAUUGAAACAUCAUGUAAUUUUAUUGCGUCUACUUUGACUGUAAAUGUAACAGGGUCUCAAACGGACAUGAAUUUGGUGCACAUGGGUGCCAGUGCUCCCUACACUUUCAGUUUUUUAAAACUUUUAAAAUCUCACACUUUUAUGUUUUAAAAAAUUAUGGCGUUAAAUAUGUAAAUAGAUAUGUUCAUGAGAAGUGUAUGCAAAAAUGUCCCAGUAAAAAAUACUUUAAAUUUUGGGACUGUCAGAAAUUUGUUUUUUUAUAUUGUUCAAAAUACAAAGUAUUUUUUAACGAAACUUUUUUGCAUACACCCCACCAGUAUAUAUCUAUCUAUAUAUUUAACGUCAUAAUUUUUUAAGACUUAGAAACGUGAGGUUUUAGAAUUUUAAAAAAUCUAAAAGUAAGGAGACCAGUGGUACCCAUGUGUCAAAGACAGUUUCCGGGUCUCAAACAGCCUAAUCUCAUAAUUACUCUUCAGAAGACUAGAUCUAUAUUUCACCAUACAACCAAAUACGGAGAAACUGUUGUCAAAUACCAUGGCGAUUAAAGACAUGCACAUAUUUAUAUUUUAUCCAUCUUUUUCUCACU